UGGAGCUGUGGGGAUGGAGGGGGGGGCACUGUGAGCGUACUGACCCCCCCCAAAAAUAAAAGGUCUGUAAGGAGAAGCAUCGCUUCGAGCGGCUCAUGGACUAUUUCCGCAACGAGGACAGCAGCAUCGACUUCAUGGUGGCCUGCAUGCAGUUCAUCAACAUCGUGGUGCAUUCGGUGGAGGACAUGAAUUUCCGCGUCCACCUGCAGUACGAAUUCACCAAGCUGGGGCUGGAGGAAUUCCUGCAGAAAUCCAGGCACACGGAGAGCGAGAAGCUGCAGGUGCAGAUCCAGGCGUAUCUGGACAACGUGUUCGACGUGGGGGGGCUCCUGGAGGACGCAGAAACCAAAACCGUGGCGCUGGAAAAGGUGGAGGAGUUGGAGGAGCAGCUUUCACACGUGAGUGG